AUGAGUUAAGAAUCUUGGCAUUAUGACUUGAGUGCCUCUUGUUUUGAUGUUCUUCAUAAAUAAGGAUUUAAUAUUGAGACUAAUAUUACUUACGGUGAGGGAAUGGACGAUGGAGAGGCUAAAGUUUAAAACGAAACAAAAAACAUUCCCAAAAAUAUAGGGGUGUUGUUAAAGAAUUAUUUAAGUAGACAAUAGGAUUUAUAUUUUUAGAAAAAAAUCAUCAAAAAGAAUUGUAGUAUAAUUUGGCCCUAAAAAAGUUCAUUCAAAAAGGGAAUUCGAGGAAAAACUAUACACGUAAGGAUUUCAAGACUUUAUUGCAAAAUUCUGAAGCCAAGAAGAUCUGCUAGGAAUAUUUUUGCAAUUUCCAAAUAAUUGAUGAUUUGCUAAAGUCGAAAAAGAUUGGGAAUAUGGAGAUUGUGUUGAAAUAUAUAAAGAGGUUAUUUUUGGCCACGCAUGAUCCAGAAAUAUUGUCUUCACUUAAGUAUCCAAAACAUUGA